CGGGCGGCGUUAAGACCCAGCAGAUGUUCGGUACAGCGAACAUCUGUCGCCGCGGUCUCCUCUCUGUAUGAAUCGCGCCUGGACUCCUGUCUGGAGACACUCACCCUCAGAGGCAGGCAGGGAUACGGACCGGAGCCGAUCCAGCGGAGGAAGGAGGGGAUGUGCGCCGACGAGUCCGGACCAUGAGAGCAGAAAGUGGAGCCAGACGCACUGAGCCGCGGCGAUAAGACGGCGCGCAGCAAAAUGAAGACACCUAUGCGCCAUGGCGUAGCUGUGCUUCUCGUGCUCCUCCUGUGCGCCAGCUUGUUCCUCGUGUACAACGGGAGUUUCAGCGGUCCUUCCAGGGACGCCAACGACACCCGCGCCCGCCAUCAUGAACAUCUGCAGCAGCCUCCCGAAGCCCCCGUCAGCGCGGCGAAGCCUCACCUGCCGGCCCUCCAGGGAUACAUCAGCAUCAUCGACCAUAAGCCUCUCAGGAUGCACUGCCACACCUGCUCCCUGGUGACCAGCUCGGGUCACCUGAUCGGAGGAGGCCGGGGAGAGGAGAUCGACGGGGCCGAGUGCGUCAUCCGCAUGAACGACGCCCCCACGGCCGGGGCGUACGGCCGAAACGUCGGCCGCCGCACCUCCCUGCGAGUCAUCGCCCACUCCAGCAUGCAGCGGGUGCUGCGCAGUCGCCACGAGCUGCUCAACGCCAGCCAGGACGCCGUGUUCAUCUUCUGGGGUCCCAGUAACUACAUGAGGCGCGACGGCAAGGGCCUUGUGUACAACAACCUGAGGAUGAUGAAUCAGGUGCUGCCCAAGCUCAAAGUCUACAUCAUCUCCUGGCAGAAGAUGCAGCAGUUUGACGAAUUGUUCAAGAAGGAGACGGGCAAGGACAGGAAGAUAUCCAACUCCUGGCUGAGCACUGGCUGGUUCACCAUGACCAUCGCGCUGGAGCUCUGCGAUAGGAUCGAUGUGUACGGCAUGGUGGCCCCUGACUUCUGCAGGGAGCCCCAGCACCAGUCCGUCCCCUACCACUACUACGAGCCGCGGGGGCCAGACGAGUGCGCCAUGUACAUUUCUCACGAGCGCGGCAAACGCGGCAGCCACCACCGCUUCAUCACGGAGAAGCGCGUGUUCGCCAACUGGGCGAGGACGUUUGACAUCCAUUUCUAUCAGCCCGACUGGAGCCCCCCGCCCCUCCCAGCCAACCGGACGCUGGACGGCACGGCCCCUGCAGCUCUGCAGAACACGUGACCGCCGACGGUAUGGGGUGGGGUGGGGUGGGGGGGGGGCGCUUUUAGAGAUCCGUCUCAGAAGGACAGAGGAUGAGGAACACCUGCACUGACCCUGAAAUCUCCUGAUCGGACACGACGCAGGAUAA